ACUCUACCGGGAAGGGGCCAAAACUGCGCAGCCAAUCCGGGCGACGCUUUCGUCUUACCGGGGGACUCGUGGGUAGCUUGCUCUCGGGAACCACCACCAUGGCGUCUGGCUGCAAGAUUGGCCCGUCCAUCCUUAACAGCGAUUUGGCCAAUUUGGGGGCUGAGUGCCUCCGGAUGCUGGACUCUGGGGCCGAUUAUUUGCACCUGGAUGUAAUGGACGGGCAUUUUGUUCCCAACAUCACCUUUGGGCACCCUGUGGUAGAAAGCCUCCGAAAGCAGCUAGGCCAGGACCCUUUCUUUGAUAUGCACAUGAUGGUGUCCAGGCCGGAACAGUGGGUAAAACCGAUGGCUGUAGCAGGAGCCAAUCAGUAUACCUUUCAUCUUGAGGCUACUGAGAACCCCGGGGCUUUGAUUAAAGACAUUCGGGAGAAUGGGAUGAAGGUGGGCCUUGCCAUCAAACCAGGAACUACAGUUGAGUAUUUGGCACCAUGGGCGAAUCAGAUAGAUAUGGCCUUGGUUAUGACAGUGGAACCUGGGUUUGGAGGGCAGAAAUUCAUGGAAGAUAUGAUGCCAAAGGUUCAUUGGUUGAGGACCCAGUUCCCGUCCUUGGACAUAGAGGUCGAUGGUGGAGUAGGUCCUGAGACUAUCCAUAAAUGUGCAGAGGCAGGAGCUAACAUGAUUGUGUCUGGCAGUGCCAUUAUGAGGAGUGAUGACCCCAGAUCUGUGAUCAACCUGUUAAGAAAUGUUUGCUCAGAAGCUGCUCAGAAACGUUCCCUUGAUCGAUGAAACCAUGAGGAGUCCAUUGUUUAUGCUCAUGAAAUCUUUCUACUGGAAAACAAGAAUAUUGACUACCAAAUCAUACCACAAUCAAAGCAGGGCUGUUUCUCUGAGCAGCUGUUCAUUCCAGUGACUAAAAUCUAUUCUGCAGAAUGUUCCAAGAGGUUAGAAAUUGGUGUGUAUGACUACAUUUUUAGUGAUGGAAUUUAAAGAUUAGUGUGGCAAAAUACCGUUUUUACUGGGAGACUUGAUUUUUAUAAGAGUAAAAAUAUGGCUGUAUUAAUAUGGUUAUAAACAGAAAUGUGUCUUAAUGCCUAAUGAAGGCAUACUAGCUACUAUGAAAAAAAUUUUUUUUCUGCGUUUUAAACCUUCUCUUGUUUCUUGGUUGUUUUCCAAAGCAAAGGAAGUCCUUAUGUUUUUCCUGUUUCAUGUCACUUUUGAUUUGUGUGCAUGAGAUAAUGUGAGUGGAAUGGAGCUAAUGAAAAAUUGAAGUUUGAAUCUGGCUAGGGUGGCAUACUGUAUUCCUGCUUCUUAAACAUUUAUUUUUUACUUUGCACCUUAUAUUUGAUACAUAAAAAUGACAGAAACAGUGGAUGAAGCCCAGGGAUUUCAGGUGGUCUGUUCUGAAGUACAAGUAUAGGUUUUUUGGGGUGUUUUCCUUGUUAGCUUUGCUGGAGGGCAGGUUACACAGUAAUUCCCCACCUGUCCCUUUUCUUCAUCCUACCCCGUUCGUAAGGAAAUGAAAUAACGUGCUAGGUCUGAGCAGCAAGGAAAGGAAAGCAUCUGUUUGGAAGUGAUACUGAGUUGAAUCUGGACUCUUCUCCUUUCCAGAUGUUUGACUUAGAUCAGAUUAACCAGCCUCUUUGAGUAUCUGUUAACCGAUUUAUACAUGGAAUGUAAUUCCAGUUACCAUGCAGGGUUGUGUUGAGCACUAAAAGAGAUAAGGGGCUCUAUGUAAAGCUUCCACUACUGGUCCCAGAAUUCUAGGAUAGCAGAAUGGAGGCUGCUCAAUGCAAAGUAGAUGUCAUCAUAGGAAGUUUUUGUUUUAUAGCCUAUAAAGUACUUUGAUAUAAUCUCAUUAAAAUCAUAAACCAUUCUGAGUUGUGGGACAGGUAUUUUUGUCCCCCUUUAAAAAAUGAAGAGAGAAAAGCUCAGCAACAGGCUGGUACCAUGGAAAGAAUCCAGUAGGGCAGAGGAUUUCUGGUUUGUACUCUUUUUACAAAUGGAGCCCUUGGGAGGUAGAUUAGGCACAGGAAGCCUCAUUUAUUUACCAUUGUCUUAUUUCCAGUCUAAUUUUACUCGGUAGCAGAACCAGAUGGCUGAGGAUAUUCUGGACAUUAUGGAUUUUGACCCCAAGGAUAUAUAUUAUCCAACAAAGACCAGGUAGGCCAGAAGAUGAUAAGGUACAGAGUUAAUCCAUAAAUAUUUAAAGUUGUGUCCCAAGUUAUACUUUGACAACGAAUAUAUAUCAGCCACUUGCAAAUACUCUUGCUAUAUUUUAUAUAUAUAUAAUAUGUAUAUGUGUAUAUAUAUAUUAUAUGGCAAGAAAGAACAAGACCAGUAUCAUUAAACUUUAGGCUACUAUGAGUUUUGAGAAAUAAAAAGUUUGAAAAAUAAGAACAUUAACAUUUCCACAUAGAAUAACGCUUGCUUGUUCUUUUCUAUACUACAAUGUAAAAAUUUCUUUUGUUUUUGACUUAGGAAAGGAAAGGUUUGUGCCGCGAACAGGUGCUGUUUAAUCAAGUCAGAACACGAGGCAUAUAGAAAUAACUUUAAUUAAAAAACUUACAUAGAAGAUUAUAAUGUCAGACAUGACAGAAAGAUUUGAGCUUAUUUGCCUAGACAAAUAAGUUUGGGUUUAUCUGGCUUUUGUUUUUUAAAAAUAAAUGUACAGUAAAACUACAAGCAAAAAUA